UGUUAGGGUUUCCUCCUCCGCUGCAAGCGCCUUCCAAUCCCAAUCCCCUCCUCUCCCUCUCCCACUCCGGCGGCGGCAGCAGCAGCAUCAGCGCGGAAGAGCCAAGGAGCCGACCAUGGCGACGAUCGUCAACACCACGGAGGAGGAACCGAUGCUGGCGGUGGUGCGCUCCACGGCGGAGCUCGCCUGGGCCGACGGAGGCGCCGAGGUCGCCGACCCGGAGGUGGCCCGCCUCUGCGCCGAGGCGCAGCAGCACGUCCUCGCCGGCCGCUGGCUCGACAUGGCCACCCUCAUGCUCGCCUCCGCCGACCUCCUCCUCCUCGCCCCACGCCUCUCCGACAAAGCGGCCGCAGAUCUCGAGUGCACCCUGACCGUCAUCUGCAACCUCGUCACCAAGGCCGGAUCCGAGGACGAGGCGCUGGAGAUCGCCAAGCUCAUCUGCGCCAAGCUCACCCACCAGCCGGGCGAGAAGCCCACGCUGCGCAUCAAAGUCCUGUUCAGCCUGUACAACCUGCUUCCGAGCCUCUCCGGCAAGGCGUUGGUCUACAGGAAGGCGCUCGAGCUCGCCGCCGCCGGGAAGGCCGCCGCCGACUGCGUCGUGCCCACCUUCAAGAACAUCGACGCCUUUGUCGCCUACUGGGGCAUCGGCAAGCCGGAGCAGAGGGACCUGUUCCUUGCCGUCACCAGGAUUCUCAAGGACCAGAAGGGCAUGACCAAGGAGUACUUCAAGUUUCUGAACAAGUACCUGGCCACGUUCGAUGGAUCGGCUGAUGAUGCCGACGCAAUCGGUGCGGCAAAGGAAGAAGCUGCUGCAGCAAUCAUUGAGUUUGUCAAGUCAUCUGAUCUCUAUCAGUGUGACCUGCUCGACAUGCCAGCUGUUGCACAGCUUGAGAAAGAUGAGAAGUAUCAGCCAGUUUACGAGCUACUGAAGAUAUUCCUUACUCAGAGGCUUGAAUCCUAUUUAGCGUUUCAGACUGCUAACUCUACAUUGCUGCAAGGAUAUGGACUGGUUCAUGAGGAGUGCAUAACAAAAAUGCGCCUGAUGUCCCUGCUUGAUCUGAGCGGCCAUUGUUCUGGGGAAAUUCCUUACUCUGCAAUUACAAAAGCCCUUGAGAUCAAUGAUGAUGAGGUGGAAUAUUGGAUUGUGAAAGCAAUUUCAUCCAAGAUUUUGGAUUGCAAAGUUGACCAGCUUAAUCAAUUGGUCAUUGUCAGCCGGCAUACUGCAAGGGUCUUUGGGAUGCCACAAUGGCAGAGUCUACGUUCAAAGCUUGGAGUGUGGAGGGGAAAUAUCGCAAAUGCUAUCAACACAAUCCAAGCCAACAAGGUGACUGAAGAUGGCGGGCAGGGGAUGCAAGGAUUGAUGAUCCGCUGAUCGGAGGAAGUCCCUAAAUUGAGAUUAUAGCCUGAGAGAUUAGACGAGCAAUCCUUUUGUAUUAGAUAUCUUGUAAUCCGAAAUACUUCUACCCUGUGACCAUGCUUGGCUAGAUCCUGGUUACAAUGGCAUGCUAAGCAAUCUCAUGUUGCAUGAAUUUUGUAGACAAAAGCCAUGCCUGAAGUCAGCAGUUACUUGUUACAGAAUCGCUAUUGUUCAUACUGGAUGCCUGUUUUAUCAUGAUGAUUGUUCUUUUCCAA